GCUCGACGGGGCCAUACGACCAAAACUCCUUGUCUUGUCUUGAGGGAGGCUUUCCCCGCUGCUCGCCGCCCUUCGUGCUGGAGCUCACAGGCCCCAUCAGCGCUUGCUUGCAGAGCUGUUGGUGCAAGUGCCUCUAACCGUCAUGGGGGAUGCCGGCAUGGAACUGAACAUGUCCCCUCCCGACAACGCUGCACAGCAAGACUCUCUCUUCAGCAUGACGGACGUGUUUCUCAUCUCGCUCAUCACCGGGCUUUUUACUUACUGGUUCUUCUUCCGCAAGAAAAAAGAGGAAGUUCCAGAUAUCCCCAAAAUGCAAUCAAUAGCAGCUCCGGUGAGAGACAGCAGCUUCAUUGAGAAGAUGAAGAAGACGGGGCGAAACAUAGUGGUUUUCUACGGUUCCCAGACAGGUACAGCAGAGGAGUUUGCCAAUCGUCUCUCCAAAGAUGCUCAUCGCUACGGCCUCCGGGGCAUGGCAGCGGAUCCAGAGGAGUAUGACUUGUCGGACCUGACUCGCCUCUCUGAGAUCGACAAGUCCUUAGCUGUGUUCUGCAUGGCCACUUACGGAGAGGGUGAUCCCACGGACAAUGCCCAAGACUUCUACGACUGGCUGCAGGAGGCCGACGCUGACUUGUCGGGUCUCCGAUUUGCAGUCUUUGGGCUGGGGAACAAGACUUACGAGCACUUCAAUGCCAUGGGAAAGUAUGUGGACAAGAGGCUGGAGGAGCUUGGAGCCCAACGCAUCUUUGAUCUUGGGCUAGGAGAUGACGAUGGCAACUUGGAAGAAGACUUCAUCACCUGGAGAGAGCAGUUCUGGCCCGCAGUGUGUGAGCACUUUGGGGUGGAGGCUACAGGAGAAGAGUCCAGCAUCCGCCAGUAUGAGCUGGUGGUGCACACGGAUGUGAACAUGAACAAAGUCUACACCGGUGAGAUGGGUCGUCUCAAGAGCUACGAGAACCAGAAGCCACCGUUUGAUGCCAAGAACCCCUUCCUGGCCCAGGUUACAGAGAACCGCAAGCUGAACGAGGGUGGAGAGCGACACCUUAUGCACCUGGAGCUGGAUAUCUCCAAUUCCAAAAUCAGGUACGAGUCUGGGGACCAUGUGGCGGUGUACCCAGCCAACGACUCUUCUCUGGUGAAUCAGAUUGGUGAGAUCCUGGGCACGGAUCUGGACACAGUCAUGUCCCUAAACAAUUUGGACGAGGAAUCCAAUAAGAAACAUCCCUUCCCCUGCCCCACGUCCUACCGUACAGCCCUGACGUACUACCUGGACAUCACCAACCCGCCCCGCACCAAUGUCCUCUAUGAGCUGGCCCAGUACGCCACGGACACCGGCGAGCAGGAGCGCCUCCGCAAAAUGGCGUCGUCUGCUGCUGAGGGGAAGGCUCUCUACCUCAGCUGGGUGGUGGAGGCCCGGAGGAACAUCCUGGCCAUCCUGCAGGACAUGCCCUCGCUGCGCCCCCCCAUCGACCACUUGUGUGAGCUCCUGCCCCGCCUGCAGGCCCGCUACUACUCCAUUGCCUCCUCCUCCAAGGUUCACCCCAACACCAUCCACAUCUGUGCCGUCACGGUGGAGUACGAGACCAAGACAGAACGCCUGAACAAAGGGGUGGCCACCAACUGGCUCAAGAACAAGGUGCCCGAUGAGAACGGGAGCAACUCUCUGGUGCCCAUGUACGUCAGGAAGUCGCAGUUUCGCCUGCCCUUCAAGCCCAGCACGCCCGUCAUCAUGAUUGGACCGGGAACUGGCAUAGCCCCCUUCAUCGGCUUCAUUCAGGAGCGGGCCUGGCUGAAGCAGCAAGGUGAGGGCCCAGAAACUUCCCUGGGGACUGGAGCUGCUGUAGGACACCACCGGCACGGGCUUGGCCUCCCCUCCCUCGCCAUGGCCUGUGGCGUGGGGGCUCUGCUCCUCUCGCCUCACUCCCACCUUGUUUCCUGCCAGGUUUAUGUUCAGCACUUACUGAAGAAGAACAAGGAAAACGUCUGGAAGCUGGUUAAUGAGGGGAACGCUCAUAUCUACGUGUGCGGCGAUGCUCGCAACAUGGCCCGGGACGUGCAGAACACCUUCUACGAGAUCGUGGCCGAGUUCGGGAACGUGAGCCAGCCCCAGGCCGUGGACUAUGUAAAGAAACUGAUGACGAAGGGCCGAUACUCUUUGGACGUCUGGAGCUAAGAGCGGGGCUGGCGGGGCCGGGGAGAGAACAGGUCCCCAGGCAUGGGCCCGUGGGAGGUGGAAAGCCUGCUCGCCCACUGCUACUGUGGGUGACGGCGUCGUCCCCAGCCCACAGCUACCCCAGUGUCGCUCCCAACCCCUCCUGGGCCACAGCAGCCCCCCCGG